GAAUUUCAAGGCACCAAUUCAAUAGCCCCCCCGGUGCGCCGGGAACGCCUUCCUAGGGCGCGAUUUUUUUUUCCGUCCCCUCUCUCGCUUCGCAUCCAUGGCUUCCUCAUCUAUCCACCACCCCCGGCUCGCCGGCGGCGAGAUCUGCCGAACCCUAGAGGGCUCCUCCUCCCGCUCCGCGUCCUACUGCUCCGACGACGCCUUCGUCCCCGUCUUCCGCCCGGAUCCCUCGGCGCCCUCCGCCUCGGCGGCGGCCGCGGCGGUCGACCGCGUCCGCAGGCUGUUCAGCUCCGUGGACGUCGCCCUCUUCCGCGACGCGCUCCUCGCGCCCGGGGGCGAGGACCUCGGGUUCACCGAGGUGGACGCGGAGGCGGACUACGACGGAGAUCUCACCUCGAUCUGCUGGGACUGCCUCGAGAUCGAGGACGCCGACGAGCCGGAUCUGCCGCUCGUAGUGGGCUCCCCCGCCGAGGAGUUCGAGUGGGAGGAGGUCGCGUCCCCUUCGGGCGCCGCCGGGGAGGCCCCGGAGCCCGAGUGGGAGGUGCUCGCCGACGUGCCCCCGCCGGCCGUCGCCGACGCCGAGGAGGGGUUCGUGUACACCUCCCACAGGGGGAUGGAAGAGGUGCUGGUCGCCGGCGGGGACGAGCUAUUCCUGAAGAACAAGCCGCCGGCGGCUAGAUCGGCCGUGGAGUCGCUCCAUUCCGCCGUCGUCGGGGCCGGCGAGGAAGGGGAGGGGGAUGAGUGCGCGGUCUGCAAGGACGGGGUCGCGGCCGGGCAGCGCGUGAAGAGGCUGCCGUGCUCGCACCGGUACCACGACGAGUGCAUCGUGCCGUGGCUCCAGGUGCGCAAUUCGUGCCCGCUCUGCCGCUUCGAGCUGCCUACCGACGACCCAGAGUACGAGACCUGGAAAGCUGGGCGGACCGUGGCCGCCUAAAUCAACUGCAUGGUUAGGGCAAAGCUCUACUGGUAUGGUUUUAUAGAGUUGUGUGGUUUGGUUUCGAAUCGGCCGCUCCGAUUACGAGGUUGUUACUCAGUUGUAUGAAAGAGAAAGUAUAGAUAGCUGCAGAGAUGGUUUUGCAUCGAGAGGGAUUUGAUGCUGUCUAAACGACAGAGAGGUUGACAUAUACUAGUUACUACUGCUGUUUUUUUUUCUAAGUUGAGAGAGGGUAGCUGUAUAUCUUGAUCAGGAAAUUUCAUUUGCUUGGUACUGAAUAAUACCAUAAAAAGGUUCAUCCUUUCAUCUUA